AUGUCCACUCUUCUCAGCCUCCCAACAUCAUUGCCGUCAGAGUCCGUCACGCUCGGGCAACUCCUCACCUACCCUCUACAUCAUUCUUCCAACUCACUUCAGCCCUCAAACCUUCCCGCUUCACAACAAUCUUCGAACCAUUCGAAAGAGGAAGACGCUUGCGCCACGACUCAUGUUAUCAUUGACGAACCAUUGCAAGUCUUCGACAACCUGCGUCACGAGCCCGAAGCACAAGCCUUCCUCCACAAGAUGUUUCAACAAAACAAGCCAGUCUACUUCGUUACUGGCCUCCAAACAUCCAAAUCCCCAUGUCACAAGCGUACGGCUAUGUCACACGAACUCAUAACCGAGGCAGCUUCAACCCCGCAACCACAACUCCACCUCCCCUUCCGACGGGUAGACUCGGCAUCUAACAUGGCCUCCCCUUCUCCGCCUACCAAAUCAGAGUCGGCGGAUUCGGUCCUCGGUGUUCAGCUACUGAAAGUCAGGUGCCGUGUUGGUGCUGUUGAUGAGCCACAUUGUAUCUCAGAUGUGGAUUAUACCUGGAGCUAUCAUUUACUUGAUGAUGAGGAGAAGGAGGAAUAUCCACAGCUAUCUAUUGGUUUAGGAAAGUCGGUGGAGUCACAUGAAUGGGAGGCUUUGACGGGGAUAGCGGAGCACCAAGAGGAAAAGGAAGCUGAUCAUAACUGGUCUUAUGACUAUGAAGACAGCGACGACGGUCUCGGUGGAUUUUGA